GGGACGGGACCGGCACCGGCAGCGGACAUGGCGGGCACGGCGGGCACGGCGGGCGGCGGGCGCGUGCAGGAGCUGCAGCGCGAGGUGGAGGGCGUCAAGACCAUCAUGACCCAGAACGUGGAGAGGAUCCUGGCACGGGGAGAGAACCUGGAGCAGCUCCACAGCAAGAGCCAGGACCUGGAGGCCACGUCGGAGCACUUCAAGACGACGUCGCAGAAGGUCUCUCGCCGCUACUGGUGGCGCAACGUGAAGCUGCUGGCGGCGCUGGGGCUGGCCGGAGCCAUCCUCCUCCUCCUCAUCAUCCUCCUGGCCACCGGAGCCAUCCCCACAUAGGCACCCCCCGGGCACCCCCCCGG